UUGGCUACCAUUGACUCUCUUACUAAUUCGCCUUAUGAGUCUUCCACUAAUGGAGCUUUGCCUAUAAUUCUGUCAAAGAUCGAAAAAUUUGCGCUAUCUCUAAAAGAUUUACAAGAAAGCGAUGAGUGCUGUAAACCAUCAAUGUGUUCCAUUUCUUCAAUCAACUCAUUGGAUGACGUUGAAAAAACCUUAAAGGUUUUUGGGGUACGUAGUUUUCCGGUCGACGAGUUUGAAUUAUUUUCUUUUCUUCAGGAAAUUCGUGAGAGAUUGGUUUCUGAAAAAGAAGAGCUGCAUUCGCUGCUUCAUUCAGUUAAUUUUUCUGGUGACUUAGUGGAAAUAAUGGAAGAGUUUGAACCGCUGUCUGCGCAGUAUGAGGAUGCAAUAUUAAAAGUUGAACAGUUAGUGCAACAAGUGGAGAAAGUUAAGCGAAAUUGGAGCGAUUGGGCAGAAAUCAAACGUAACUUGCAGAACAUCAUCGUUGAUGUUGAAAAUGAAUUGGUUGCUAUGAGGAAAGGCAGUAACAACUGCAAUCAUAUUGCUUCUGAAUUGGAACUAUGUCAGGAACGCAUGAAUAGAUUGGAAACGGUAUGCAAUUACCUCACAGCGAGUUUGUCCGAAUUACCAGAAAACUCAUCUGCAUCCCAAUCAAUCGAUUUUGCCGCUGAGCUUACGAAGUAUUCUAAUGCAAUUAUGGAGUUGAAACGGAAGUAUGAAUUUAGUGUGCAUUGUUUAACUGUCCAGUCGUAUGAAAAGAAACCAAAGCAAAACUUAUAUGCUGAAACUCUCUUUGUCACUCCGAAAGAACAGCGAGGCGUGCAGCUGGUAAAAUGGAGUUUAAUCUUGUUUUGUUCAGCGGUCUUGGCGUUCCUCGCGUGGUUCGCAUCUUUAAAACCUGGUGUUGUAAAUAAUUGGAAGAAUGCUCCUGGUUUACAUUUAGAUUACCUCAAUGGCCCACCUCCUACGUAA